UGUUUCCCAACCAGGCCUCGUGGGGUGUCACUGAGAGGUCACGAAAAAAAUCAGGCGUUGCCACUGUAGUGUUGAAAUACAGUCGCAUCGUUUAGGGCCAUUUUGAAGGAGCGAAGUGUGUGUUUCAAGAGGAAGUGGUUUUUGUUUUCUUCCGAGACCUCUCUAUCCCAAUUGAUUUCCUGCAUAUGGUGCUGAUAAUGAGAUUGGAAUGUAAUAUGAGGCGAUGACUGCUUGUGGUGAUUGUUGAAAUGUUCCAUCAGUGAAUUACUAUUAGGAACACAAGGAGCAAAUUGAAGUUUGCGGUGGAUACAGUGCUGCACUGUAUAGUGUCGUCAGUCAUGGCCUCCAUUGUGAGCAGUCACCUUGCUGUGUUGUGCAUGUGCUUCAGCAUAUGCCUUGCCACUAAUGGAACAUCUCUGCAGCUGCAACCUUCCCCAUCACCAGCAUUAAUGCCAGCAUCUAUUGAUCUAUCAGGUACAUCAGGGUAUCAAAUUCUUGCCAGUUCUUCAGUCGUUGCCAUCCGUCCCCAGACGUCUAUCUUGCCAUCAGGACCUCAGUCAUUUCAAUCCACAAGAACACUGCCAUCAUCCCAAAGUCUGCUCCCCAUGCCGACGCCAACGGUGCACCCCACACCCACCCCUUCAUCACUGCCCUACUCUACCCCCCAAGCAGAGGUACUACACACCCCUACUCCAUCACCAACUCUGUCCAUGGGCCUCGAGUCACCAGUGACAUCAACGAUGACAGAUUUUCAGACAUCGCGGCUGAUCAAUGCAUCACAGUCUGACCAGUGGCAAUCCUCAUCUGCACUGAUUCCGCCUCCCCCAGUACCGCCCCCUUUCCCAACAUCUUUGGUUAACAUGACUGAGGGGGUCACAGAUGGGUUUUUGACAUCUUCACCAGUGACAAUGACGAUGCCAGGGUCAUCGCAGCAGAUGACAAUGACAGUCCCAUCAGACAUGGAGACUCCAGUGCCAUUUGUGACCUCGACCAGCUAUGAAACAGUGACCAUGCUUGUGGCAACCCCAUUGGUUUCACACACUCCGCAAACCAUGUCCAUUGGACCAAGUAUGACUUUCAAACCCAUGGCCACUCAGUCAUUUGUCAUGAACACAGUGGAACCAACACUGAGUUCUUCAGACCCAACGCCUACACCAUCUGUGAUUCCAUCUUCAGAACCAUGGGAUAAUGACACCCUUCCAACCAGUGAGACUACGCAAAGCACUGACCAGACAACUUCAAACGCCACAGUGGAAGUCCACACUGCUCCGCCCAAACUCACCCCUGUCCAAUGCACAAUGACCCUGAACGGGGACUGCAACCACAUAAAAAAACAAGAGCAGCUUUUCCAAGAAGAGUUUGCCAAGUUCAUAGCAGACCUCCUGAAGAUGGACGUCAGCAGGCUGACUGUUCAGGAGAUCCGUUGCGGCUCGAUCAUCGUAGACUUCACAAUUCAAGACACGGAGGAGGAGGCCCUGGCGGAAGAUCUCAUGAUCAUGGCAGGUGAGAGUGACUUGGAGUUCGUAUUCGAUAACCAGAACUUUACGGUCACUAAUGCUGUAAUCAGCACUCCCAAGCCCACAAAGAAACCCCCGGAUGGCAAAGGUGGGUUGACAUUCAUUGAGCAGCAGCGCUUGAUCUACAUCGUGAUUGGAUCAGCCGCUGGAGUCGUCAUCUUGAUCUCUAUUAUCCUAGUCAUCCACCACCGGGCUCGGAAGUCUUGCAGCACCCACGCUCAGUCCUUUGACAUCCACGAUGAGCCCCACAUCAAGCUGUCGGACUUCAACAUGGCGCAUACUUACAUUCCGAGGCCACGCAGCAUCUACGGUUCCAGACUUGGAGCCGAUGGUGUCUACCAUGCCAACAGUGGCAACGGCAGCCUGCAUCGCGGUGGGCCAAAAAGCCCAACCCCGUAUGUGUAUGCUGACGAUGAGGCCAUACGGGAGCACUACCAUGAAGUGGUUACCAGGGAGCCGAAUACCAGGAUGAGUCAGGAUUUUGGACGGAGUGGUGUACCAGAAUUGAACCUGCCAAAGCUAGAAGGUGUUUACAUAGCUGGUCAGGAUGAGGAAAACGCUGAUGAGUCUCUCCUGAGACCCCUCUCCCAACGUAGAGGCAGUGAUGGCAGCACAGUCAGUAGACUAUCAGCAACGUUCCAUGCCCCUCCCGACCCUCCAUCUGAAUCGCCCCCAACCCCACCCCCGCCAAGCCCUCCACUAACCCUAACUCCACCUCCUUCCCCAGGGCUCGAUCCGCCCACUUUAGACCUUCCACCUCCCCCUCCCCUUCCCCCACCCACCCCGACAAUGUCAUCGACCCCACUAGCGGCACGGUUGUCGCAGGUCAGCGAUGGUAGUUCCUCCGAGGCGACAAUCUCCAUCCCCGGGGACACCAGCUUCCUCCUGUACAGGGGCUGUGACUACGACCCCCAACCCAUGGGCAUCGAUAAUCCGUCCUACGACAGGUGCACAGCCAGUGACCACGAAGGCGCUGUAAAGGGUCAGAGGGCGCCAAGCUUUUACAGCAUGACAGCCCCUGCAUCUGUUUAGCUCAAAAAGGUAUUUGUGGCUUCCACGCUGCCAAUCCAAGUCAUGACCUUCCCUGGAAAUCAAGUAACAUGUUUCUCAACAUUUGGGUGGCAGGCAAUUGUUUUUCAGAGUACUAAAGAAUGGCACUUCAGUGACCAAUGUAAAAUCUGUACAAUUUUUUUUAACUUUCUUCUUUGUGUCACGUUGCACACAAUGAUUUGUUAGCCAAUAGGAUGAUAAACUGGAGCUGAAUUUGAGAUUUCUUCCUGGAAGAAGCUGUUGGGAGUCUUAUAUAGAAAUUGACUAAUAAGUACUAAUAUUAUUUUGGUUAGAAAUGAAAACAGUGCAAGGAGAUGACCAAGUUUAGUUUUCCUUUAUUUUCUUUGAACUUCAUGAACAUUUACAUACAUGUGUGCUGGCCUGAGUGAUAUAUAUUAUAUAUAAUCCUAAUAUAGGACUGAUAUUAACUUAAAUAUCUUUCACAGUGAAGAUGCACCAUUGGCUUUUAUUCUGAGAACAAAUGUGAACUACAAAAAAAAGAUUAGACACUCUUUUGUAAUAUAUUUUCUUAGCACCUGAUGUACUGUUCUUAUUGUCUGAUGUACCGGUACUUGUCACUUUUUGGAGAUAUUUAACCACUGUGCCUAUAUGUUUUAUGUGUGUGAUCUAAACUUUGUAAAUACCGUCCACAAAUCCAUUUGUAGUGUUUUGCACAUGUCAAGUUUUAUUCGAAUUUUACUUUGAAACCAUUGUCAUUUUGGGCUGAAGACAAGGGUCUGUCUGUUUCACAAACUUUUGGAUCAGUUAUUUCAGUUUCAGACAAAUGGGUCGCAUAGUAAGUUCCUCUGAUGAGUCAACAUACCAUGGUGCUGUUGAAUUUCCAGUGGGAAUCUGUAUACCAGUGCGACCACAGUGAUCGGAUCUAAAUUGAAGUUUGGCUGAAACCAAGGAUAACUCAAAAAAUUCAGAAUGUCCCAUUGGGAAAACUGAUUUGCGUAAUAAACAGCAAUUUCACAAAAGAUAUUUAGUGUGUAAGACUGUUAAUGUAAGUUAGAUCUUAACUGAUGAAAGUCAUUUAAUGUGGCGUAAUUUGUAGCAUAUAGAUCAUAAAUGGAUACAUUUUUAGCAUGCACGUGCAUAUGUGAAGGUUCUCAUAUGGGAGUACAUGUACCUUAAAGAUAUAGUCCAUCAUUUGUAAUUUGUGCAUUUUGUUCGUUUGAAGCAACAAAAGUGUUCAAAAUCUAAUGAA